AUGGAAGUUUACGUUCGAUUAUGUGACGAUGGCGAUCGCGACUAUGCUUUUCAAAUCUCAAAGGAUGACACGAUAAGCACGAAAAUUAAACAUAUUUUUAAUUCAAAUGUGUCCCAAUUUAAAGAUCCGAACAUCAAAUUCACACUCUCUGAUAUCAUAGUAACAAGACCAACCAUUUUUCAUAACUAUGAACCAACCUCCUAUUGUAAAUCCACACAUCCAGGUUAUCUGACAGAAGGUGGUUGUUUACUGUUCCACUACGACGCCGCUGAUAAACAAUAUUUGGAGCCUUUGGACGAGGAUAAACCCUUAUUCGAGCAAUUAUGGCCUGGUCAACUGAUUGUUCCACAAUGGGACUAUAAUACCACUUCGGUAGGUAUCAUCGGCGCAACUCUAUUAUUAUGGCUGUAUACAGACUUACCAGACUGCAUUUCGCCAACACCUGGUAUCUGCUUAACCAACCAACUGUCAAGGUUGUUGAUCCCUAUAAUAGAAGACUAUUUCGGUAACCAUCAAAUGGGUUCUAAACUAAGAGAAGAAAUUCAAGUCAAUUACUCAUCUGUUCCAGCACAAUGGACAUUUUUCUUCUUGCAUGUCCUGAAGAUUGCCAUCAUUGUGCUUUUCACCAGAUUAGGUGUAAUCAACCCACUGACUUUCAAUCCAAUUAAAUUGUUCAAACUAAGAAAUUUCGACCUUGCUAAUAGAUCUAACGACAUGAAGAUCACUUUAAAAAGACUUGGCUGGAUCGGUUCAAAUAGGGCCUCCUAUGACCAAUAUCAACAGAAUUUCCAUAGCUAUAUGGUCAAGAAAUAUGGUGGGACUGUGCCUCUAUACAAAGCAGGCCUAUUGAAAAUUGCAGCUAAACCCGGUAUUUCUUUAAAUAAAGGUGAAGGUUUCCAAUCCCCAUUAAACGAAAGAUUCACCGGUUCCACUUUCAAAGAAAUCACAAAAUCAGGGAAAUUUAUCUUAUCUGAAGAAUAUUUCAUUGAAUUGGAGAAUGUCUUAAAAGCAGAAGUUGAAAAUGCUAAUGGUGAUAUUGGAUUAAUGAACGAACUAGUACAACGGUUUAGGAGAUUUGGCUUAUACGAACCAAGUGAUAAACUAAAGGAAUUGGUAAGAAAAAGAAAAGAAAUCUCAAUUGAGCAAUCUAGAAUUGAUGACGAUCUUGCUAAAGUGAAAGCAACUGAAGAUACUGCGUCCAAGAAGAAAAACGAAUAA